AGCUUUAGUCGCUCGACGGAAUCGGACCUUUUUGCCGCUUCGCAAAGGGGAGCAGUGUUCAAGCUUUGUGGGCGCCGCGUGUUCGUUCGUGAGCUUUGCGUGGCGGAAAUAGUGACAGUUCCAAAGAAAGGUGAUCGAGUGAAAAGCCGUUAGUGAAAGGAAGAGUUUUAAAAACAUGGACAACAAAAAUCCACCCUACCCAUCGUCGCAAGCGCCCGGAUUUGUGGCCGGCCCAAAUACGCACCAGUUUCAGCCGCAACCCGCCGGUUACCCACAUCCACCGGUGAACCACAGCUAUCCUCAUCCGCCACCGCCACCACCGUACGAUGCCAACGCCAACAUGAUCCCACCGGGUGGCCACGGGGGACAGCAGCCGACAUACGUUCACACGAUAGUAACGGCACCCCAGGUUGGACCGGAUCCGGCCUCGAUCAGCUGCCCAUCCUGCCAGAAGCACGUCAUCACCAAACUGGACUACGAAACCUCCACCAAAACGCACAUCAUGGCUGGUCUUCUGUGCUUAUUUAUCUGCUGGCCAUGCUUCUGGAUUCCGUACGUCGUGGACACAUGCAAGAACGCCAACCACUACUGCCCCAACUGUGGCGCCUACAUCGGAACGUAUCGGGGCUAGGGCCUGGGCCGACCCAGAAUCCUCCUUCCUCGGCAAUGCGAUGUUAACGACCGCUUCAACCCUAUUCCAGCUGCAUUUCUAGCAAACAAAAAAAAGAAGAAAACCUUCCGCCAAGCCAGCCCUCACGUGGCCACUAGAAA